CGGCUUGUUCCUGGAAGAGCCCAGCCUGCCUGCUUGCCUGCCUGCAGAGUCACUCACAUUCCUGGCCGGGAUUCAAUGACUGAGCCAGACACACAAACAGAGAGAGAGAGAGGGAGUGGGUGAGAGAGGUAGAGAGGGAGAAGGAGGAGGAGAGAGAGGCCGGGCUCUCAGCUCCUCUCAGACUCCUCAUCUCCAUACAGUCAGAGUGAACUGCGGGGGCAGACGGAACGGAGACAGCGCUGCAGUCCUCGACAGCGGACACUCACCGCCUCAGAACACGGAAUUCUCACCGAACGACGCUGUCGACCCGCCGUUGAGCCCUUCUUCUUCCCGUUGUGUGAGCGUGUGUUUGGGAAGUCGGAACACUCACACGGAACUUUCUCAAAGUUUGGAGACGAGUCUUGGUCUUUUUCUUCAGAUAUGGACAGUCGGCGAGUCUUUGAGGGAAGCGACUGGCCGCCGUUCACUGCUGCUGUAGCCAUCAACUCGCCUCGUGUGGGACUUAUUUAAAGAAAGAAAAAACUGGAUGUUUGAUGAAGCGUUUCGACCUUUUCCUGAAUUUUACCGGGACACUGUGGAUUUACCAGACACCGGGACGGAUUGGUUUUCGUGAUUCGACGUCGCAGGGAAGAGUUCGCGUUUGCAAAGUUGCUGCAGGAAAAACAUGGAGACAGUAAGUCGUCAGAGCUUCCAGCCUCAUCCGGGACUGCAACAAACUCUCAAGCAGUUUCACCUCAGCUCCAUGAGCUCCCUGGGAGGACCGGCGGCUUUCUCAGCCCGGUGGCAACAUGAGCUCCUCUUCAAGAAGGACGGUAAAGAACCCGAGCCGGUGCUGCAGCAUCUGCCGCCGCCGGUAAUGCCUGGCCCGCUUUUCAUCCCGUCUGACCGCUCCACGGAGAGGUGCGAGACGGUGCUGGAGGGAGAGACCAUCUCCUGCUUCGUGGUUGGCGGCGAAAAGCGCCUGUGUCUGCCGCAAAUCCUCAACACGGUGCUGCGGGACUUCAGCCUGCAGCAGAUCAACUCCGUGUGCGACGAGCUGCACAUCUACUGCUCCCGGUGCACGGCGGACCAGCUGGAGAUCCUCAAAGUCAUGGGGAUCCUGCCCUUCUCUGCCCCUUCCUGCGGCCUCAUCACCAAGACGGACGCCGAGCGGCUCUGCAACGCCCUGAUCUACGGAGGCGCCUACCCGCCGCGCUGCAAGAAGGAGCUGAGCAGCGGAGGCUCGCUGGAGCUGGAGAUCACCGAGAGAAGCUUCAAAGUCUACCACGAGUGUUUCGGCAAGUGCAAGGGCUUGUUCGUGCCGGAGCUCUACACCAGCCCCAACGCAGCUUGCAUCCAGUGCAUGGACUGCAGACUUAUGUACCCGACCCACAAGUUUGUGGUGCACACUCACAAGGCGCAGGAGAACAGAACUUGCCACUGGGGCUUCGACUCAGCGAACUGGAGGGCGUACGUUCUCCUGAGCCAGGAUUACACGGGCAAAGAGGAGAAGGUGCGUCUGGAGCAACUCCUGGACGAGAUCAAGGAGAAAUUCGACUUCGCCAACAAGUACAAAAGGAAAGCUUCGUCUAAGCCAUCUGAUCCAACCCCAAUUAAAAAGUCUAAACAUGAAGACUUCCCUUCGCAAUCCGCCCUGGCUGACAAGGAGAGGCAGCACGACUGGCUACAGUCCCUGUCCGCCUCUGCUAAGGGGAUUAACUGCAUUCAGCCAAGACAGAGACCAUCGGCCUUUCGGCCUUGGUCGCCCCACAUCUCAGCUGGUGAUAAGGAGCCCUCCAGUCACCCUCUGGCCUUGCUAAGAGACAGCUUCUAUAACUACAAGAGUCUGGAAAACGGUGUGGCCCCCAAUGUUGCCCUCACACCACUACCUUUGGGCAAGGUGGGCCCCAUGUCACCGUCAGUACCAAGCACAUCUCACCCGAACGGGGGUGAACAGCCGGGUGAAGGAGCCAAUUCACGGCCCCGCAAGAGAAGAGUCACAGAGGAGCAUCACUCUCAGACAGCAGAGCCUCCCUGUCCUCCAUCUUUCACCACAAGCAAGCCCCCACCACCACAGGAGGACAAAGACUCAGAGGUGGAGAUUGAGGUGGAGAGUCGUGACGAGUUCACUUCAUCCCUCUCCUCCCUGUCAUCGCCAUCUUUCACCUCGUCCAGCAGCUCAGCCAAGGAUCUGAGUUCUCCAUGUGCCCAGGGUUCCUCCUGCACAACCACAUCAGCCGAGGGCUCUGUCCCUGCUGCCGCUGCACCCACCACGCCUACCGCACCCAUUUUAUCCACAGUGACCCCUCCGGAGAUGGGACUGGAGUCAGAGCUGGAGAGCCUGCGACAGGCCCUGGACAGUGGACUGGACUCCAAAGAGUCAAAGGAGAGGUUUCUGCACGAGAUUGUCAAGAUGAGGGUGAAGCAGGAGGAGAAGCUGGGAUCGGCUCUGCAGGCCAAACGCAGCCUUCAGCAGGAGUUGGAAUUCCUGCGUGUGGCCAAGAAGGAGAAGCUGCGAGAAGCAACUGAGGCAAAACGAAACCUUAGGAAGGAAAUCGAGCGUCUCCGGGCCGAGAGCGAGAAGAAGAUGAAGGAAGCCAAUGAGUCACGGAUUCGCCUGAAGAGGGAGCUGGAGCAAGCCCGACAGUUAAGGGUCUGUGACAAAGGCUGCGAGGCUGGACGGCUUCGUGCCAAGUACUCGGCACAGAUCGAGGACCUUCAGAUGAAGCUGCAGCACGCAGAGGCCGACCGCGAACAGCUCCGAGCUGACUUGAUGCAUGAACGGGAGGCCAGGGAGCCCCUGGAAAGAGGGGUAAAGGAGCUACAGCAGCAGCUUUGGCCCAAAUCCUGUGGUGACAAAGACGGGUUGCCCAUGGACCUGGUGGCUGACAAGUAACCCAGCCGCCAGACUAAACCCAUGAACCAAUCACCCGUCACCACGGUCCCCAACCUCAAACAAUAACCACAACCUGGAGACCUGGUGCUGGAUGCACGGCACCAGUUUCACGAAGCCUGCCCUCCACAACGCACCUGUACUAGACUCUUAUCCCGAAUGAGAAACAACAAGGAGCCGUGAACUCCUCCAUGUCCAUUAACGGCCACAAACUGGACACGGCAAAGUACAGUUUUGGAACAUGAAGGCGUGUGUUUUAAAAUCCAGCACUGACUCAACACCUUCCACAAUGAACGAUGGACAGAAGGUCUUUGAUGAUAUAAAACAUGCACAGAGCACAAACACACGGUUGCGUCUAAGGAUUCUGCGGAAAGAACACAAAUCAAAACGUUUGAACACACAGCAGUCGAUCAGAUUAUAUCAGAGCCGCGAUGAGGAGUUCAUGGUGCAGACCGGAGGGCAGGACUCACAUUUAACCUAAACGUACCCAUCGCCAUCGUUCUUCGCCGAUAAGAAGAACAAGGUGGAUUUUGAAGACAUUAUAAGCUAUUUAAGAGACUACAUAGCGAUAUGUAAAAAAUAAACAAAAAUAAACAAAAAAACAAACAAAACAAAGGACAAUGACAUUGUGUCUCUGAGACAGCAGAGUUUGAGAGAAAGAAAAGAUGUUAGAAGAUGAAUGGAAGAAGAGAAAAAAAAUUAACAAGGAGAUGAACUUUCCACUGUGCCACCGUGGCUUUGUCGGUUCUUCAGGAAACAAUCACUGCCCACUCAGGGUUCAUCUAACGCCUCCUGCUGGUGAUCUAUUUCUCAGAGCAGGAUGGUUGGGGACAGAGUUGCACUGGGGCCAAUAUAAAACCUAAACCCUUUAUUAGAGAUAAUACCAGGCUGAGUCAAAGGCACCUUCAUCAGCGAGCACUUGUUUUGGAUGAACAAUAACAAUAUCCAACAGUCUCCAGCAGAACUUUGCUCAUGCACACAAAACAGCCAUAUUCCUAAGCAUUUGAUUUGUGCACCCUUUAACUAAUGAGAGUCGCUUGUUUCUAACAAACCUGGAAUCUCGACCAGAGUCUCUGUGCUGGUUUAAGAAUUAACUCAGUUUUUGUCUGUGGAAAAGUAACGACGUCUUAGAACUUUGUAAACGUUUUCCCUAAAAGUUUAGUGUAUAUUAAGUUAUUUGUAGUAUGGAGCCACCAAGAGGAAGAGCACAAACAGAAAAGAGGAAUCAAAACAGAUCAAAAAUCCUGCUCUAUUUUCAUCAAAUCUUUUCUGAUUAUAGAAUCUCCGAGGAAGUUUCCAGAACUUAUUAAAGGUUGAUCUUCUCACGUUCAAAUCAAAAUAUUUAAUUGUGUUAAAUUUGAAUUUAAAAAGUGCCUUACUUUUCCACAGCCUUUAAUACAGAGUUACUUCCAUGGCCUUUUUGCCCAACUUUUGAAAUGUAGAAACUUUUGUAGUACAUAGUAACAGACCAGUUUCUCUAUUCAACACCAGAAACACUCUCUAGAACAUCCCAAUAAACUCAGUGUGGCAUUCCCCUGAGCCAGAACCGCAAAAUGUUCAUUGUUAAGAAAUUAUGUAAAUAUAAAAAAAUAUAUGUUUUUUGUUUCCCUUUUUAUUUUUCAAUAAUGAAUCGCACUUUGUCAUAACAAAAAUACUGUCUAAAUGCAUAGUACUCCCUCUAUUGUCUACAUAAAAGAAAAAAAAAAUCACCUUAUAUGUGACUGCUACCGUAUAAAUCCAGUAAGCGUUUUUGUUGAUUAUAUGCAUCUCUAAUGAACAACUGAGGCAAAGUCAUGUAAAUAAAGAUAAAACAAGGCUCUAACCUGUUGUUUGCUGACAGUCUGGGAAAUAUUUCAACUUCAACUCCUAUAGUUUACUUUCAAAUGUCAGAAUCUGAUGCUCCACCAACAGGUUGAAGUAUUUUCAACAAAGAAAACAUACAUUUCUGAAUUGAAACCCUUUACAGAGUCCCUAACCUCUCAUCUGAAAGUUUUUUGGUUUUUUUAAGUCUUGUGCAUACAAGAUCAUUUUCACAAUAUAUUUUUCUUUUAUUCCAUGUGUCUUAAAAUUAUCAAGACAUUAGAAAUAAAUUGAAAAAUAUAUAACUCAGUAAAAAAUAAGCUUGUGGAUGGUAAGUAACUGUUGUUGCCUACUCUGCUGUUGACUUCGGCUAAUGCUAAUGCUAAUGCUGCAGCUCUUAACAUUGGAUCACAAUGUUACCAUUUCCAGUAUCAGAAAUCCUUAACAUUUUAAAUGUCGAUUUAGCCUGAACUAGUCAGCAAUUAGCUUUAACGCUUGCUUACUCACAGAUGACCCACUCCUAGCUGUAAGCUGUGCAAUUAGCUUCAAUCAGACUUAGCUUUAUGUUCAGGAAAUCUUGUUAAACUGAGGAUUUUGAUUAGAGAGCUAAUGUCACUGAACCAAUAAACCUAUGUUGCCAAGCAGAUUUAUUAGCUUACAGGAAUUUGGCUCCGCUUUAUUAAAGAGCUAUUUCCCAUCCUUCUAAUUCUUAACCUAACCUAACCUCUGCAUCUAACCUAACCUUUUUUCUGAUUUUGGGAGCAUCUUGUUUUAAGCAACUCCCCAACUUCCAUUUUUGUUAACCACCAAACAGAAACCAAAAUCUUAACAGAAACAGGAUAUAGCUAGCUUACACUAUUGUUUCAGAAAUUGUCUUUCUUUCAAUAUAAAACACUCUGCGUCUUAAAAAAAUAAUUCUAAGUGGUUACUUCUGCCGUAAUGUGCUGAAAUGACUAGGUAACAAUAGAAAGGAAAGAUUACUCUGAUAAAUGUCAUUAAAUAUAAUUUUGGCUUGUUUGCACAGGAUUUAAAAAAAAAAAACUUUUUUCUGAUUUUAGUGACUCUGUACCAAACGAUAUCUAUCAACACAUCCAGAAACCACAUUUCCUCAAACUGAUAUCAAGUUUUUCCUCUAUAUGCAGAGACCAGCGACUCUGCCUUCACACAGUGAGUACAAUGCAAUCAGAAUGUACAUUGUAUUAAUGCUAAUUUCUUUUGGGUUGUGUAAUUUUCUUUUAAUGUGGCGAUAUUUUAUUGCUUAUCACUUAUGUUUCACAUUUCUCAAAUAGAAAACUCAUAUUUUCUUUAUGCAUGAACCUUGACAAAGUUUUUGCCAUACAUAUAGUUAUUGGGCAUUUGAUACUGUACAUGUAACUUUUUUGUGUUAUGCAACAUAAAGUAAUUAUCUUAUUUAGAAGAGGGAAAAGUUAAAACAAAACACACACACAGAACGAAACAAAACACAUGAUAAAUUUAAAUUUCACAUUUAAAUAAAAAAAAAUAAACGAACAAAAAAAGACGAAAAAAAUUCAUGCAAUGCUGGACAACCUCAAGUGCCUGGGCAUGGGCAAAAGGUUUCCAGAGUAGGAAAACUGAUGAGUGAAACCUUCAGGGGGCGGGGCCUCUUAACAACUUCCUGUUUACAGGUUUGUUUGUUGUUUUUUUCUUUUAAAUCAGACAACCCCGCUCCUCCUCCUUCACUCAGCAGGUCUUUUUUAAAAUCAGUAUUCCUUCAUCAAAAAUUAACCAGUUUACAAUGUUUUUCUUUUUCCUUUUGCAAUGCAGCAAACAAUUGAACAUGUGCUUAUUAGAGGCUUACAGCUUCUUUUUUUUUCUGAAUGAACGCUUUUUUAUGCAUUGGAAAUCGAUGAUAUGCAUGUUCGGAGCGUUUUAUAGAGAAUCUUUGCGAAGCCACUUGCUUUGGCGAAAAUUGUUACUUUAGGUUGUACAUAAUAACGAAAAAAAAAACAACUUGUGUGUUUGUUCCCACUUUGCCGACCUGUCCUUACAAUCAAACGCCCUCGUGAGUUUGGACGACACUGCGUCUGUGACUUAUAAAUUGGUACAUUUUUGUAGUUGUUUUUACACUCGAGGAAAUUAAAAAGCAGCUGUGGGCAGUUUACACAUGGUUUUCUACGAAGAAGAAAAGGGAGAGAACAAUAACGACAUUGGCUUUUCAGUCUCCCAAGCGAAAAAGAAAAAGAACUAUUUAACACCUUUGCAUUUUCUAAAAGCAAAUCAUUUUUGAAUAAAAUAAAAUAUAAAAAUGGACAAGUUAAGCAGCAAUACAGUCCAUAUGAAUAGACAAAUACUAGCCAGUGUGAGGAUUUGAAUAAGAAUUUUCAAAUGUAAAUAUUUUUUUUUUCAUUUACAAUACUGUAUAAUAUAUGUACAUGGUGUUUUACCUUUUUCAGAAAGAAAUCUUUUCUUACAAUAACUGUCUUUUUUGGAAGUUGGUUUCAAAAGCAGUUAAUGCAGUGUGUAAGAGAAUACUCCCCACAUAAACAUGUUUAUUAUCCACUUUCUUUUGUUUUCUUUUUUUUUUACUGUAGAGUCUUUAUAUGGAACAAGUUCAUAUGUAUUUUUAACAGUAUGUUUUUGUGUCAGAUCGUUGACCUGCAGUUAUGGGUCACGAGCACACGACUUAACUCCACAUGCCGAUUGUUUUACCCUCUGAUCCUCAUGUAUCGUUUUUUUUUAGCCCUGUGCUGCUGCUAAUACUUAUAUAAACCUUACAACUCUAGAAAUAUUUUUUAUCUAAGAGGUAAAUGUAAGCUUUCUGAUUUAUUAACACCACAUAUACAGUAUAAAAAAAGAGCUUGGCUUCUUCAUUUAUCUCCUUUGUUUUCACACAUUUGUCCUCCUGUGUCUCCAGUGACAACCGUCCCUAUCUCUCACGACACGGACUAUAAUGUAAAGUAAAGGACUUUAUGAGAUUAUGUUUGAAAAUAGCUAUGCUUAUAUACUACAGUGACUGAAUGUACAGUGUAUAGAUGCAUUACCAGAAAUAAAGUUGUUUGUCCAGA